AAGACUGACGAGGCCAAGCUAGCUGACAGGCACGCCAUCACCCAUUCUCGGUCUGCCUUCCUUGGGACCAAUUCCUCUUCUUCUCAUCCUUUCAGCUCGAAGCUGCCUCUGAAGCGGCAGUAAACUAACGAUGCCAACGGUAAGUGCUCGAUUACACCGAAUAGGAUGCCUGACAAGCAAUCAAUGUUUGCAAAGCCACCGCCUCUCGGCACGCGACUUCCGAGUUGUGACGUGCCGACUUCCCUAGUACUGGACUUUGUUGAAGGAAUACAACAAACAUCUUCAAUCCGGCAAGAACGCUGCCGCUGUCCUUUUCAUAACCAUCGGACUUUAGGGCGUUAGAUCAAACCCCUCUCCGAAUUGCUAAUCUAAUAAGUACAAGAGGCAUUGCCACCAGUUUGAUUCGAGAAUUUCCCUAUCUGUAUUUUUCCUUGCCCAGUUUCUCAUAAACCGUCUGCUGCAGUCACGUCGUCAUGGAGGACGAUAACGCGACAACAUUGCAGCCCAUCCGUACUGGACGCUCAACGCGACAAUUUCUAUCACGCACGCGAUCAAAUAAAUCCAACAGAUCAACCAAGUCACGCUCGAGGUCUGGUUCAAGGCCGAGUCGACCCAGCAGUCCGCUACAGCGACUCACCUCGGCAAACUUCAUCGAUGAUCAUGGUAUCUACCACCACCACGCCGAUUCGGACUAUGAAGAAGUAGAAGAGCAGGAAUCAGAACACGCUGGUAGUGAUGGUCUAUCACCACAAUCUAGCUCAGAGCUGGAGAAAGAGAAGCAAGAGCCGGAUGAAAUACCUAUGGAGCCUUUUGGUGCAGAAACAGCACGCGACCUUGAAGCCCAGUCAGAAAAGGGCGACCCACCUGCGCUCUCAAGGAAGUCUACCUCAAAAUCAGUCAAGGACCCCAAUCUAGUAGGAUGGGAUGGUCCUGACGACCCGGAAAAUCCAAAGAAUUGGAGCAAUGGGAGAAAAUGGGCCGCGACCCUGGUCGUAUCGUCCUUUACUUUCAUCUCGCCUGUCUCUUCAUCAAUGGUCGCUCCAGCAAUAGGUGUCAUCAGCUCUGACUUCAACAUCACAAGCACUGCUGAGCAGCAACUGGUGCUGUCCAUCUUCGUUCUGGCAUACGCAAUCGGCCCCCUCUUCCUAGGACCAAUGUCCGAGCUAUACGGACGUGUCAGAGUACUUCAACUCGCCAAUGCCUUCUACUUCGUGUUCAACCUUGCUUGCGGCUUCGCCCAGAACAAGGGGGAGAUGAUGGCUUUCCGCUUUUUAGCUGGACUAGGCGGUAGCGCUCCCCUGGCCAUUGGUGGCGGUAUGCUAAGCGACUGCUGGAGACCUGAGGAGAGAGGAAAGGCCAUAAGUAUAUACAGCUUGGCACCUCUGCUAGGGCCAGCUGUAGGACCAAUAGCAGGUGGAUUUAUAGCAGAGAACACUACGUGGCGGUGGGUGUUUUGGUCUACUUGUAUAGCCUGCUUCUUUAUUCAACUUUCGGGCGUUUUCUUCCUGCAAGAAACUUACGUUCCGGAACUUUUGAAGCGGAAGAAGCUCCGCUUGAUCAAGGAAACCGGAAACACGGGACUUUUCACCGAGUUUGAUGAUCCGAAUCGCAAGCUAUCAGUCCAUCUGAAGACUGCCUUUACUCGGCCAUUCGUCAUGAUUGGCACCCAGCCGAUCGUCCAAUUCCUGGCUAUCUACAUUGCAUACGUCUACGGACUGAUGUACCUCGUCCUAUCAACCUUCCCUGGCCUCUGGACAGGCAUCUACGGCGAAUCCACCGGUAUAGGCGGUCUAAACUACGUCUCCCUAGGCCUAGGCUUCUUCCUCGGCACCCAAAUCGGCGCCCCCUUCAACGACUACUUCUACCGCCGCCUCAAGAAGCAAAACAACAACAUCGGUCGCUCUGAAUUCCGCGUCCCUCUGAUGUUCCCAGGCUCUGUGCUUAUUCCCAUCGGUCUGUUCAUCUAUGGCUGGACCGCUGAAUACAAGACCCACUGGAUAGGGCCAAACAUUGGUGCUGCUAUCUUCUCGGCUGGCAAUAUUUUGGUCUUUCAAUCUUGUCAGACGUAUAUUAUUGAUAGUUAUCAGAGGUAUGCGGCAUCUGCUGUCGCAUCCACAACAGUGCUCAGAUCGCUUGCAGGCUUUGGAUUCCCGCUUUUUGCUCCGGCCAUGUAUGAUGCAUUGGGUUAUGGAUGGGGGAAUUCGGUGCUUGGGUUUAUUGCUGUGGGCUUGGGGUUGCCGGCGCCGUUUAUACUGUGGAAGUUUGGAGAGAGGUUGAGAGCGAGGAGCAAAUUCGCUUCUGGUGGCUGAGAGGAUCGCCGGGCUUCCGGAAGGGUGUUACUGCCACUAUAGCUACGACGAUCAAUGAAUGCUUCUUGUGCUAGAUUUCAC